AAGAAGGAGCAGGGGUCAUCUCAUGGCCCUGCAACUUUCUUUACUCAGGCUGAUGCUUUACUCCGGAAGAACAUCACGUUUCAGAAACGAAACAGGAAAACAAACUUCGGACUCGUUGCUUUUCCAUCUUUUCUUUGCUUGAUUAUGAUCACACUCCAAGCAAUUGUUAACAAUGAACUGGACAAGCCUAUAUACAAAUGUGGUUGCAAAUGUAUUGACAUAAGAGGAGAUGGGUCAUGUGAAAAUGUAUGUGGAUUGCGAUAUUCAACCUUCAAACAAGUUCCGUUUUGUCCAAUAGCCACCCCACAAAAAUGGCCAGCUCUCUUACAAGUUCCAAAUCCAAAUUAUCGAGCUUCAAGAACUGAUCUCAAUUCCUUCUCCGAUUUUCCUGAUUGCAAGUGCAAGGAUACAGGGACUUGCCCUGUGACUAUACUUUUUACAGGAGAGAAGAGGCUGUUAGCAACCAGAUUGGCUGCGAACUUGGUCAUGGAUACUUUUCCUGUGAAGAAAUUAGAUCUGUGGACUAUGCUUUCUGAAGUCCUCCCUGCAACAGAUACUAAGGCUAAGUACACCAAUUUUAUCGAACCUGCAUUCCUCUCUGACCAUCCCAUAUAUAUUGUUCAACCCAAAUGUGUCCCAAACUUCAACCUUUCAAUUCCCAUCAAGAUAGUUGCUAUUACACAUAAACUAGGUAAGUGGGCUUUUCUUUCUGAAAUCCAACUUAUCACUAAGGAUAAAUCUCUCUCUUUUUUUUGUGCAGUUGUCCAAUCUGUGCAGAUCUUACAUCUAUGGCGUAAUAGCUCAUCUGAUGUGAACAAAGAGUUGUUCAAAGGAUAUAAGAAAGGGAAUUCAGAAAAACAGAUAAAUGAAAUUCCUUGUGCCUAUGAUUUUUUGGACUCCGAUGAGAUUAAGUUCAAUGUAAAUAUAUGGUACAACGCUACCAAGUCUAAUGGUCUUAGGGGUCCUCUUCCCUUGAUACGUCUGCCACACUUAUUAAACAUGGCAUCAAAUGCAUACCUCCAGUUUCUUAUAGGUGCACGGGUGAGAGUGCUGAUCGAUUUUGUUAAAGAAAUGCCAAAACCUGGAACAAAAAUUACACUGGAUUUCUCUUCUGUACUUGGUCCACUUUUCUUCACAUGGAUUGUUGUGUUACUUCUUCCAGUGAUAUUGACCUAUUUAGUUUAUGAGAAGCAACAGAACUUGCGGAUCAUGAUGAAAAUGCAUGGCCUUGGUGAUGGCCCUUAUUGGAUUAUUUCCUAUUCUUAUUUUCUUAUCAUUUCAUUGGCAUAUGUAUUAUGUUUUGUGAUGUUCGGCUCUGUUAUAGGAUUGAAGUUCUUCACAUUGAACAACUACAGUGUGCAAUUUGUGUUUUAUUUCAUUUAUGUAAAUUUACAGAUUUCGCUUGCCUUUUUAGUGGCAACCAUAUUUUCAGAAGUCAAGACUGCUACAGUAGAAUCACUACCAGGGCAUCAAUUCAUCCAGGGAAAUAUAAGAUUGAUGGGAAUGAAGAGAGAGUAUGUCCACAACAGGGAUCAUGCUGUUUUGGUGGGCAGCUUGCUAUGGGAAACACUCACUGGUAGGGAGCGCUUGUUAUUCUAUGUAUGUAUCGAUAUGUAUGUGCCGUAUAAUUCUGAGAUUUUCAUGUUACAGGCGGUAGACGAAUCUUUGAAGAGCCUUAAUCUCUACAAUGGAGGUUUUGGGGACAAAAGAGCUGGGAAUUACAGUGCGGGUAUGAAGAGGAGGCUGAGCGAUGCCAGUUCUCUAAUUGGAAAUCCACAGGUUGUAUAUUUGGAUGAACCUAGCACAGGACUAGACCCUACUUCAAGAAACAGCUUAUGGAGCGUCAUUAAAAGCGCAAAGCAAGAUCGGGCAAUCAUUCUUACGACACAUUCUAUGGAAGAGGCAGAUGUUCUUUGUGAUCGACUUGGUGGCACUUUUGAGUGCCUAGGAAACCCGAAAGAGGUAAAUUUGAGUUUCCUUUCUCUUUGGGUUAAGACGUAUGCAAGUCCUCUUACAAGAUCACUUCAAAGCUAUGGCUACCCCCACCAUCCAAAUGAUGAUGGCUUAAUCAUAUUAGGAGAACUCAAAACUAAUAUUAUCUUUUAAUAUAGAUUUUCCCUCUCUCUAUAUAUAU